AUGAAACGAACGACAGAACCAUCCGAAGGACCGCUGCAAAAGAGACCCAACACUGAGCCCACCCUUUCCGCCGACGACGACGUCGAAAUCGCCGACGCUCCCACCAUGUCUUCCACAACACAGCCAACCGCGCAGGACUCCAAGGACUUCUUCAAGCCCAUCGGAGACUAUGUAGCCGACGACGACAAUGCCGUUGCUGCCACCACGAUCGAUGGUGAGGGCACGAUCGCCGAGCGCGAGCAAAAGAUGGUUGAAGAGAUCCCCUCGCUCUGCAUGGACUGCCACAAGGAAGGCAUGACCCGCAUGCUCCUCACCUACAUUCCCUACUUCCGCGAGGUCAUUGUCGUCUCGUUCUCCUGCCCACACUGCGGCAACCGCAACAGCGAGAUCCAGUCCGCCGGUCAGAUUCAGUCCAAGGGGUGCCUCUACACGGUCCACGUCACCAACGUCGCCGACCUCAACCGUCAGGUGGUCAAGUCGGAACACUGCACCAUCAACAUUCCCGAACUGCAGAUCGAGAUCCCACCAAAGAAGGGCCAGCUCACCACCAUCGAGGGCGUCAUCUCGGACACGCUUCGUGACUUGGAACUUGACCAGCCGUUGCGAAAGCACAUGCAGCCUGAGGCGUACGCCAAGAUCGAGGAGGUAUGCAACAAGUUGAGAGACAUUCUCGGCGAGGACAAGCCAGCGGAGGAUGCCGAGGUCCAGGACGAGGAGAUCGGCUCGUCGGGUCUGCGCAGUCUUGGUCCUGUCGGUGCCAGCUCAUCGUCGAUGAGCGCCGAAGAGAAGGCCAACCGCAAAGUGCCACCCUUCUCGAUCCGCCUCGAGGAUCCUUCCGGCAACUCGUUCGUCGAGUUCAUGGGCGAUGUGUACGGGAAAGGCAUGUCGGAUGCCAAGUGGAGCAAGCGCGACUUCCCCCGAACCAAGGAGCAGAACGAGCUGCUCGGACUUGCCCAUACCGACGCUACCGCUGCUGACGACGUCCACACCACCGGCUUCGACAAGAACGAAGGCGAGACGGAAUUCGACAACGAAGAGGUCUACACUUUUGCCGGUGUCUGCUCCUCCUGCAACGCGCCACUCGAGACACGCAUGAAGAAGGUCAACAUCCCUUACUUCAAGGACAUCCUCAUCAUGUCGACCAACUGCGACAACUGCGGCUACAAGGACAACGAAGUCAAGAGCGGCGCGGCCGUCUCUGCGCAGGGUCGCAAGCUGACGCUCAAGGUGGAGGACAAGGAGGAUCUGUCUCGUGACGUGCUCAAGUCCGAGACUGCUGGAUUCGCGAUUCCCGAAAUCGACCUUCAUCUGUCGCCCGGUACCCUCGGUGGUCGAUUUACAACGCUGGAAGGACUGCUGCAGCAGGUGUACGACGAGCUCUCGGAGCGCGUGCUCAUGCGAGGAGACUCUUCCACCCAGGCAUCCAACUUUGAGGGCUUCCUGGGCAAGUUGAAGAGCGUCAUUAGUUGCGAGACGCUGCCGUACACGGUGAUCUUGGAUGACCCGCUGGCCAACUCGUAUAUCCAGAACCCCUAUGCGCCGGAUCCGGACGAGCAGAUCGUCGAGGAGGUCUACGAUAGGACGUAUGAUCAGAACGAGGAUCUCGGGUUGAACGAUAUCAAUGUGGAUAACUACAUGGAAGAGGAGGAUGCGGCGCCUGCCACGACGACGACGACAGAGGCUUGA